GAGGAUUGAACAACUUGAACUCGAACAACUUGCCCUUUUAAUCAUACAUAUUUACGCAAGGAUCCUUUGGAAACAUGCAAUAAUGUUCCUAUAUGCUAUCCAUUCUCUAGCGAUUGUUUUUUCUACACCAUAUAUUGCAGAUCAGUGAUUCUUGAAGGAUAGGUUCCGAUGACCUGGUGCCCGGAUCACACCCCCUCCUGCUCUCGGCCACACUUCCGUCGAGUCUACACGCCUAUAUGAGUGGACGUUCCCACGGAAUACACUAUACAUACCUACUGGAACUUUCGUACGUCCGUCCUAAGGCUUUUUCAGCCAAAGCUGUAUAUGGUGAACGUUAAGCUUUACCAUUCAUGAACCCUUAUGACCACGUACCGGUCUCUCGGCCACGCACGGUUCAAUUCACGGGCUCCCUCACCUCGCGAACUUCUCGCCGAUGGAAUAUACGAUUGCGAAUGUUAACCGAGUUGCUUGUACCACGGCUUCGUAUCGUCAGAUUGCAUCAAACGCCUGCUGUUACCCCGGCUUUAGCCAUGUCUUCCUCAACCCCCAGUCUUUCCUAACUUCUCGAAUACUAACCUCUACCUCCUCUUGACCGGGCUACGUGCACAACAUGUUUCGUGCUUGAUUACACUUCGAAUACUAUGCACGAAACUCGCCGCCUUAUCGAGGCUGCUUCAGCCCUCUCUGGGCAGUUGCGUUCUGCAGGAGUGCCUCACGCAUUCCACGGAACCGUGCUGAAUGCGGUCUUGUCUAGCGCGACACAUUGCGAUGAAAUAUAUUGUAUCGUCGAAGGGGGUAAUGCACACCCUUUUCGAAGAGUAAGGCAGGCAUGCGUGGACAACGAAGAUUUUACUGCUACGCCAUCCCCAUGGAGUAACCGACUCCACGUAACUUAUCAUCGAUUCAUCCCUCCCAUCGAGAUUGAAAUCUUGCCAGCGGGCGAAGAGGGUCCCCGACGCCUGGACGGCAACACGACCAUGACGAUAUCUGGCGUUCCUUUUUUGACAAUAUCGGAGUUUAUCAGGGCGAAGUUAAAAGCCUGGUCCCUGAGAAGAUUGGACAGGGACGCUGAGGACGCCGUCUACGCCCUGUCUCGUUACUGGGAUCGCGUUGAUAUCAACCGCAUACCCGAACAAGAUAUGAGCGAGCUCGUUAGGCAGUUUCCUACCGCUGCGCCGGCUUGGAAAGAACUUAAAAAGAAGUAUGGCAUGAGGUAACGGGGGUGUGAAGAUCAACCGUCGGUCUGGAUCAUUGUGCCGAUGGUUUCCAUGUUGAUAACAUAUGUUUGAAGACUAUGCGUAUUUCGGAACCUAUGGUUGUCUUAUCGUUGAUUGGUCACAUCUUGAACAUUGUGUUGGCUGCAGCUAAGUCCCUAAUUUUCUGACAUGUUCCAGAGGUCGGUCCCUUUCAUAAAAUCUCGCAAAUAUG